AUGGUGGCUUUCGAGUGCGAAUGCUCCAUAUCCGCCUCCCUCGCCGCCCUCGGCUCCGCCGCCGCCGCCGCCGCCGCCGCCGCCGCCGCCCUCGCCGCCCUCGCCGCCCUCGCCUCCCCUUCUUCCGCCGUCGCCGCCGUCGCCUCCCCCGCUUCCUCCCAGCCUGCCGGCACCCCCGACCCCGCCCCCGUCCCCGCCUUUGCCGCCACCAUCACCGCCCUCGCCGCCGAGUCCUUUUCCUCCGCCGGCACCACCGCCGCCGCCGCCGUCUCCCUCGCCGCCGCCGCCUCCCGCCCCCCCGCCGCCGCCGCCACCCGCCUCCCCGCCGCCGCCGCCGAUUGCACCGCCGCUGCCGCCACGGCCGCCGCGCGCGCCCUUCUCGCUGGACGGGUUUCGCAAGACGGGCGGCUGGACGCUGAGCGGCGCGACCUCGUCGACGGCGCGGUGCUGCAGGUCGACGGCGACGGCAACCUCUGGCUUGUCGCCCUGACGUGCGAGCCGGCGCAGCUGAGGGAGUACGUGAUGGGCUCGGCGGGCGGAGAUCCGGUGCUGCUGGCCGUGUACGAGCUGCGCGGCUUCCGCGAGCCGGAAGGCACGCGUCCUUUGUCUGACAGCGACCUGUCCAUUGUGAGCGGACACUUGGUCGAAGUCGAGCUAUCGGCGCCGCUGCUCGGAGGCGGCGGCGGCGGAGGAGGAGGAGGAUUAGGAGGAGGAGGCGGCGGCGGCGGCGGAGGCGGCGCCGGCUGGAUCAGCACCGGUUUCGGCCUCGGAUCGCCCAUCCCAGGCAUGGCCGGCGUGACGCCGGACAGUGGCGUGCUGGGCGUAGCGUAUGUCGCGGCGAUACUCCCCUCGUUCUGUACCGCUAAUCCCUCCGCGCGCGCGAAGCUUCUCGGAACUUUCCUACAGGCGACGCCGACGCGGCCGUCGGCCUACCACUUCGUCUCCGAUGCCGCAGGGGCCAACAACGCGAGGAUCGAGGACCUGGCGGGCAUCGCUUACGCGCCUGACGCCGACCCGGACGCCGACGGCAGACUCGUCGAUGCCAGACGGCCGCAGGGCAUCGCCGUCGUGCCACCGCGCGGCGGGGCCCACGGCGCCGCGUGCUUUCUGCUCUUUGUGCCGCCCAACGUGCUGCAAGAGUACUGCGCCCCGUGA